AUGGCUCUCUUGCUACUGACGGCUGCUAUUGCAGCUCUUGCUACCGCACAAUCACAUUAUCCAACAGGAAAUGACUCCUUGGCCAAAGCUCCAUACAAAGAUGCAUCAGUCCCUAUCGAAGACCGAAUUAGCGACCUGCUGUCAAAAAUGACGAUCGAAGAGAAAGCAUUGCAAUUGAUGCAGGGAGAUAUCAGUAAUUGGUUGAACACUACUGAUGGCAGAUUCAACCGUACGGGAUUGGAGCUCAAUUUCGCACAGAAAGCCGGGAUGUACUACGUUGGCUACCCAAUCUCAUGGGACUGGCUCGCUGAUAACAUCAAGAUCGGACAAGACUAUGCCAUGAAUGAAACCCGUCUUGGCAUCCCGGCAAUAGUGCAGACCGAAGGCAUACAUGGCUUCCUCAUUGGGAACGCGACCAUCUAUAACAGCCCGAUAGCGUAUGCUUGCAGCUGGAAUAGGACACAAGUUCAUGACAUGGCGGUGCAGAUUGGCGAGGAAGCACGAGCUCUUGGUGUCUCUCAGUUGUUUGCGCCAGUACAAGAUCUGGCUCGCGAGCUGCGAUGGGGCCGAGUCGAAGAGACAUUUGGAGAGGACGGCUAUCUUGCAGGAGAGAUCGGCCUCGCGUACGUGGUUGGACUCCAGUCGACGAACAUUAGUGCCAUGGUAAAGCACUUCGCUGCCGAUAGUAAGCCCGAGCAAGGUCUCAACGUAGGACCGGUCCAAGGUGGCGAACGUGAGCUUAGGACUACAUGGCUGCCACCAUACAAGAAAGCGAUCAUUGACGGUGGCGUCUGGUCAAUUAUGAGCGGAUACAAUUCUUGGGAUGCUAUUCCAGUCGUCUCUGAUCACCACUUGCUGGAAGAAAUCCUGCGUGAGGAGUGGGGCUACGAGUUCUAUGUUAUGUCGGACGCAGGCGCUACCGACCGGUUGGCAACACCAAUGCACAUUUGCCCGGCACCUUUGAACAAGUACGGCAGUCCGAUCAAUGCAGGCAACGAGUGCGUCACUCUCGAUGCAUUGCCCGCAGGAGGUGAUGUCGAGAUGGGCGGCGGCUCCUUCAAUUAUCGUUCCAUUCCAGAUCUAGUAGCCGCUGGCCGCCUGGAAGAAGCUGUCGUUGACACGGCUGUCGCCCGCGUUCUUCGCACCAAGUUUGCCAUGGGCCUCUUCGAACGACCUUACCAGAUUGUUGCCCCUGAGGAACGCGAAAACGUAAUAAAUACUCCGGCUGCCAAGCAACUUGCUCGCGAGCUCGACCGAGACAGUAUUGUCCUUCUCAAGAACGACCAGAACAUUCUUCCUAUCUCGAAGGACAAGAAGGUGGCCGUCAUCGGUCCCAUGGCCCACGGCUUCAUGAACUACGGCGACUAUGUCGUCUACCGAAGCCAAUACCGCGGCGUCACUCCACUUGAUGGCAUCCAGGCUGCCAUUGGAAACGACUCUGUGACGUACGCUCAAGGGUGUGAACGCUGGUCAAAUGACCAAUCCGACUUUCCUGAAGCCAUUGCAGCUGCUGAGGCCGCAGAUGUAGCAGUCGUGGUUGUGGGAACUUGGUCUCGCGAUCAGCAAGAGCUUUGGCAAGGUCUAAAUGCUACGACAGGUGAGCACGUCGACAUCAACUCUCUAGACCUAGUCGGAGCGCAACGACCUCUCCUCGAAGCAAUAAUCAACACCACCACUCCCACCAUCGUCGUCUUCAGCUCCGGAAAACCAAUAACAGAAGCCUGGAUCUCCAACACCACCGCCUCUCUCCUCCAACAAUUCUACCCCUCGGAACAAGGCGGCCACGCCCUCGCCGAUAUACUCUUCGAGGGCAACACCAGCCCCUCAGGCAAGCUCUCAGUAAGCUUCCCAUACAGCGUAGGAGCAUUACCCGUCUGGUACGACCACCUAAACUCCGCCCGCCAAAUCGGCGACUCCGGCAGCGUCGACCCUAUAACCGGCCAAAUCACUUUCGGCCACCAAUAUGUCAUCGGAUCACCAGACCCCUGGUUCCCAUUCGGUUUCGGCCUCAGCUACACGAAUUUCACCUACGCUGACAGCGUCUCCCUCUCUUCCACUAACGUCUCCGCCACCGAUACCAUCACCGCCUCCAUCGAAGUGACAAACUCCGGUCCCGUCGCCGGCGCAGAAGUCAUUCAGCUGUAUAUCAAAGAUAUGAUCGCCACAGUCGACGUUCCAAAUAUCCAACUCAAAGGUUUCGAGAAAGUCUUCUUCGAGCCGGGCGAGACGAAGAGAGUCAGCAUUGAGUUCAAUGUUAGUGAUGUAGGACUCUGGAACCGGAAGAUGGAAUAUGUUGUCGAGCCUGGUGAGUUUACGGUGUUCUUGGGAGGAAGUUCGGCCGAUUUGGGCAGGAAUGCGACGUUUUGGGUGGAGUGA